CCAGUAUUGAAAUAGCGAGCGCCUAUGGAUUCUUUGCGAGUCGAUCUUCCCUUGGCGGUUGACUAAGAUUAUGGAACAUCCUGCUUUUGACGUUUUGUUUCCGAGUUACCUAUCUACCUAUCCACCUAUUGGUAUGCAGAGUUGAGCCGGCGGCUCCAUCUGCGCCGCUCUGGUCCUGGGCUGGGUCAGGAUUAAUAUACUUCGAAAUGAGUACUGCAUUAUAAUGCGCGUUGGUCCCUCCUCGUUUCCCCGGCCAUCGUUUAUACCAUCGUUUAUCUCACUACAGUCCUUCUUUUCACCUCGUAGUACUCGUUCUAUUCUGUACAGCUGGUCUCUGUUCGCAUCUCCUUCAACAUGCUUUCCAAGGCCGCAUUUAUCAACGCGCUCAUCAGCGCUGUGUCUGCUGGCACAAUCCUCUGGGAUGGACGCUUCAACGAUAUGACCUCGAGCGCGGAUCUCGAGAAGUGGUCUUUCUCCAACCCCAUCGGCUCUUACCAGUACUACAUUCACGGUUCCGGCGCAGUGUCCGACUACGUCAAUCUUGAUUCAACCUACAAGAAUCCCGCCGACACCGGAUCCAAGCAGGGUGUCAAAAUCACCAUCGAUGAGACAGCCAAGUGGAACGGUCAGACCAUGCUCAGAACUGAGCUCAUUCCUCAGACCACCGCUGCCAUCAACAAGGGCAAGGUCUACUACCACUUUUCCAUCAAAACCACUGGCACCAAUAAGCCUACCGACAACAACGAGCAUCAGAUUGCUUUCUUUGAGAGCCACUUUACUGAGCUCAAGUACGGCGCCUCUGGCAGCAGCAACACCAACCUUCAGUGGCACGUAGGCGGCGUCUCCAAGUGGGACGUCGAGCUCGUCGCUGACGAGUGGCACAACGUUGCCUACGAGAUCGACUUUGACGCGGGCUCCGUCUCGUUCUACCACUCCACUGGUAGUGACGCGCUGACAAAGACCGCUGGUCCCUUCGACGCGAGCACCUCGUCCAACGGUGCGGACUGGCACCUGGGCGUGCUUCGUCUGCCUGGCAGCAACGACGCUGCUGGUGCUGAGGAUUGGUUUUUCAGCGGUGUCUACGUCGAGAACGGUGACCUGACUACCAGUAUCAACUCUGCCGGUGGUGCUGCUUCUGGUGACUCUGCUCCUGCUUCAAGCGCUGCCGCUACCGCUGCUGCGACGUCUUCUGCUUCGUCUGCCGCUGCUUCGUCUGCCGCUGCUUCGACUUCCGUUACCUCCUCCACUGUCCCCGUCUCCUCGGCCGUCAAGACCCCUGUCGUCUCUUCCUCUGCCACUACUGUUGAGAGCCCCGUCGCCUCCGCCACUCCCGUUGAAUCCAAGGUCCCUGUUCCUUCGUCGACUACCGCUGCUGCUCCUUCCUCAACUGCUGGAGCAGACGUCAGCACUGAAUUGCCCACUGAGUUCACCCUCAAGGAAUUCAUUGCCUGGCUCAAGGCCAAGAACGGUCAAAACUAAGCGUUUGAUGGUGUUGAGGUGUGCUUCGGAAAGCAUUCUUGUAUAUACUUUAGUUUCGUUAACUGUACAAUACGACGGGCAAUACGAUUCGCGAUAUGCUGAAGCUUUACACAAUGUUGA